CAAGGAUCCCGUCAAGAGCUUGGAUCACUUCGAUCAUAAAGAGAGGAGCAGCAACUGGUGCUAGUUCUUCUAAUUGUGAAGGAGCUAGUGAUCAAAAUGCGUUUAUCCAUGGGCAUGGAGUUAAUUGUGCGGUGCAUGCUGACUCUCUAACGGAUAAGCUCUAUCUUGGCGAAGCUGGUACAAACCCUCGUGGACGCUUAAUGGGAGACGCUUUCCUCGUUUGUAUACAUAAGGUCAGGCGCUUUGUGCUAGAGGACCGUAAAGAAACAGUACGUUCCAUGCUGGAAAAAGUGAGAGCAUUCAUUGUACAAUUAGAAGAGAUUACGAUGCAUCCUCGUGCACGU